AUGGAAAAUCAAAAGAUGAAAGCUUUAGUUUUAGAGGAGUUCGGCUAACCUCUAGUUUUAAAGGAAAUAGAUAUCCCAUAACCCAACUAAGGUGAAGUUCUAGUCAGAGUUGAAUCUACUCCUAUUAAUCCUUCUGAUGCUUCUUUCAUGAAGGGAUCUUAUUCUAGCUCAAGAAAAGCUCCCUGUGUUCCUGGCUUUGAAGGAUCUGGUGUAGUUGUAAAAAGUGGCGGUGGUGAAGUUGCUGAUAGUUUAUUAAAUAAAAGAGUUGCAUUCACCGCAGGAGGAUAAAAUGGAACUUUUGCUCAGUAUGCUACUGCAAAUGCUAAUUUUGUUUUACCCAUUGAAGAUGAUGUAACAUUCAAUUAAGCCGCUUCUUCAUUUGUCAACCCUCUUACUGUAAUAGCUAUGCUUGAAACAGUUUAGUAAGCUAAUGCAAAAGCUGUUGUUCAAUCUGCUGCUGCUUCUGCUUUAGGAAGAAUGAUGGUUAGAUAUUUUAAGUAACAUGGAAUAGAAGUUAUCAACAUUGUAAGAAGACCUGAACAAAUUUAAAUUCUUAAAAAUGAAGGCGCUAAUAUAGUCUUAAACUCAAAUUAAGAAGAUUUCUUACCUACUUUAAAAGCUCACGCCAUUGAGUUAAAUGCUACUGUUUUCUUUGAUGCUGUUGCAGGACCUUUAACAGGAUAAGUUUUGUCAAGUAUGCCUAACGGUUCUACAGCUUACGUGUAUGGAGCACUUUCUUUAUAAGAAGCUUCUAUUUCACCAACUUAAUUGAUUUUUAGAGAUUAAUCAAUUAAGGGUUUAUGGCUCACUAAAUGGCUCACAACCAUCUCUAAAGAGCAAUUAAAGACAGCUAUAUUAAAAUUAUAAAAGCUUAUCAAGACUGAAUUAAGAACAGAAAUCGCUUAAGAAUGUUCUCUCCAAGAAGGAUCUUAAGCAGUUAGAUAAUAUAUCAAGAAUAUGUCUUCAGGAAAAAUAUUAUUUAAGCCAUAACUUUAAUGA